AUAACACAAAAUGUUAGCAAGAUCACAGCGUUUGGAAUAUUCAACGAAGCUAUUAAGUCUGGUAUUGUGGAGAGGAAACCCCAAUUUCUGCGGAAGAUUUUAUACUGUUUUAGAUGGGGCAUGCAAGCUCUCAGUUGUUUCCGCCAAAACCUGACACCAACUACAGAUUACAUGGAAAAUAUUUGUGUGGUUUCUGUAGUCAUCUAUUCCACGGAGCUGUUUGUCUUUUUAAUCGGAAAUAUGCAGACAUAUCUGACAUCCGAAGAAAAAUCAGUGAAACAAACGGUAAAGCAGUGGAUGUCCCUCAACAAGCUCUCCGAAAAACUGCAAAAGAAAGUGAUAAAAAAUUUACAGCUAGACAAAUGGCAAGAAACCAAAAUUCUUCACAUAGAAACUUUUUUCAAUGUUCUUCCUGAGAAGCUCCACCGUGACAUAAAGAUCGAGCUCUGCUUACAAAAGUUGAAGAAAGUGAGUACCUUGGUUUCUAUAGCCUUCAUUGAACUUCAAAUGUUUUCGCUUCAU